AUGGGCCACGGCGCGAGCAUCGCGUCGACACCGCAGUCGCACUGGGCGACAGCCAAGAAAUCCGUCAAGCUGAUCCAUGUCAAGGGCAACAAGGUUGGCCGUCGGAAGAGCCGAGACUCGAGUACCACGAAUGCUACGGACGACGACGACGUCAACUCGAGCCCACUGCCGCCGGGACUCCAUCACGCGCCACCGUUCCUUCACCACAAGGCGAAAUCUCUGUCCGCGUCGUCGAGAGGCCAGCGCGACCCGGUACGAUCUUUCUCGGACGCAAUCACGUCGCCGACCAAGUGUGCGUUUGCUCAGUUGCCACCCACCCACUCGCUGGUUGACGUGCAAUUCCGAGCCGAGGCCUACCAAUGCAUCACAGAUGCCCUGGAGGGAGACAUCAAGACAGCCCUCCGACACAUUCGAGACCGUGUCGGCCGCGAACGCCAUGUCCCACAAGUCCGCUACUUUACAACAGACAUCAACGGCGUCGAGUUGGUGCGGUGCCGUCUUGUUGAUAUGCCGCUGGAAGCAUUCAGCCGCUGCAUUUGGGGAACGUUCACGUCCACGAUGAAGCACGACGAGUGGUCGGUCCAGAGCUUGGAGCGGUUGGACGACAACACGUGCUACUGCCGCGUGCAGUUCGACCAAGGCGUUGCGACCAAUGUACCCCUUCAUCUGAAUGUGUUGCUUCGGCUAGUGCGAAAGCGGGACCGCGUUGUGGUCGUCCUGCGAAAUAUCGUCGAAGACAACGAAUACCCUCUGCCCCCUCAGUCCAUUCGGCUGCUUAUGAACGGCUGGUUCGUGUUUGAUCGCGAUCACCAGAACACGACGCUCGCGCGCACGCUCGUACAAUGCUAUGCCACUCGCACCGAUAACAACUUUGACGAAGAUGACCAAGUCGCGCGGGCAAACGAUCCGCCGCACUACAAUCGUCCGCGGAAACCGUGGUUGCGCGAAUUGGUCAGUCGCAUGUUUGUUGCUAUCGACGCGGCAAACACGGGAAAACUCCACGUCCCUCCACCCGAGACGGCCGCAUUAGUCGUUCAUAAGCACAGCGCCGCUUUGAACGGCAACUACUUUGAGUCCCGGUGA